CUUUUCUCCACCCCCCCCAUCCCCUUCCCUUACCCCACCUUCAUCUCUUCCCUCAGCCGUUCUUCCUUCCACCUCCCACUCAAGGCCUGGCAACUGGGCUUCCUUCGGGGAAGCGGAGAGGCCGCCGUGUCGGAUUCCUCGAACAUACACAGUCUUGUCCGGCCUAGCAUCAUGGGGGUGACUUGGCUCAUCACUAUCCUUCUAGUGUGUCCCAGAUGCCUGUGGCUGAGGGUAAGAGUGUCCAGCAGACCGUGGAGCUCCUGACCAGGAAGUUGGAACUGCUAGGGGCAGAGAAGCAGGGGACAUUCUGCGUGGACUGUGAGACCUACCACACAGCAGCUUCUACCAUGGGCAGCCAAGGCCAGGCUGGAAAGCUGAUGUAUGUGAUGCACAACUCAGAAUACCCUCUAAGCUGCUUUGCCCUCUUUGAGAAUGGCCCCUGCCUCAUUGCUGAUGCAAAUUUUGAUGUGCUUAUGGUGAAACUCAAAGGCUUUUUCCAAAAUGCCAAGGCCAACAAGAUUGAGACCCGUGGCACCCGCUAUCAGUACUGUGACUUCCUGGUGAAGGUGGGCACUGUCACCAUGGGGCCCAGUGCUAGAGGCAUCUCUGUGGAGGUGGAGUAUGGCCCAUGUGUGGUGGCUAGUGAUUGCUGGAACCUGGUCUUGGAGUUCCUGCAGAGUUUCCUGGGCAGCCACAAUCCAGGGGCACCAGCAAUGUUUGGGAAUAGACACGACGGGGUGUAUGGCCCUGCUGACACCAUGGCCCAGUAUAUGGAACUCUUCAACAAGAUUCGAAAACAGCAGCAGGUGCCUGUGGCUGGUAUCCGUUAGUGAGUGGGGAGCUGCAGAAUGAUUGGCGUUGCCAGUGUGACUCCACAGGAGAUGAAGGUGCUUCAUCCCAGCCCCCCAACCCCUGGAACCCAGGACAUAAAGGCCAGGCUUCUUGUCUUCCUCUGCACAUGCAAAACUGUGGCUUCAUUCUGUGGGGCUUUGUACUCCCCUCACCAACACACUCACUCUCUCUCUCUCUCUCACUCUCUCUCUCUCUCUCUCUCUCUCUCUCUCUCUCUCUCUCUCUCUCUCUCUCUCUCUCACACACACACACACACACACACACACACACACACACACACACACACACACAGAUACCCUUCCCCCACCUGUGUACGGUGGUCUUAGGAUGAGCCUUGUGGUUCUUGACUUCUUGGGAGAAAAGAACUGGAUGAUUGAGAUGUUCGAGUUUUUCUCUCAUCUUUCAGGAAGAUAGGCCAGGGGGUGGUAUCCUUGACUUGGCAACUGCCAUCAGCCUCCUGUUCUCUCAGGCCACUAUGGCCUUGGCCCUGUUCCCCAUUUGGAUGGGCUACUUUUAUGUUCUGAUUAUUCUGUAAUAAAAGUUUAUUCUUUUGGUCUAA